AAAACAAAAACCUCGCAGUGCAUUAAAAAAGCGACACACACAAACUCGCCUAUCGGUGAAAUUGGGAGGCAGGUUUUUUCGCUCUAUUGUUUUCCGAUUCGUUGUUGCGUGCGGUCGCACCGUGUGUGAGUGUGCGUGUGUGUGUGGACCGUGAAGAUGAGCACAACACACUGCAUUCCAUAGAGCGAUUCGGGCGAAUGGUGAGUUUUUGCGUGUGUGCCUGUGACCCUUUUGUGCAGUGUGAAAUCUCCCCCUUGUGGCUGCUCCAGAAUACGGGCCGAAAGAAUUCUCGCAAGGGCAGCGGCGCCACAGGCAGAAGCAGCGCGGCAUAGAAGCAAAAGAUGUGCUAUAAAGUGCUGCUGUAACAUGCUCGUGGUGAGAUAAAUCUGUACCCCCCAAAAAGUGUUGUGAGAUAAGUUACUCAUCAAACACACAUCCGGAAGUGAGUGAGUCGCUGAGUGAUCGAAGGGCGGCAAAAGAGGUCGUCUAUGCGAAAAUUCUUCAAUUUAAAUUGCAUUUCUAACUACUUCCUGCUGAAAAAGUGAUCGGAUAGAGUGUGUGAAAUAAAGUCGUGCAUUUGCUAUUACUGGAAGAAAUGAAAUGAAGAAGUGAAAUAAAUCGCCAAAUCGAAUUGUUGCCCCCAACCCGGAAGCAGCUGAAGGUUUUGGUGGUGUGUGUGUGCGUGUGCGGCACAGUAAUUUUCAAAUUUAAAGAAAACGCGUGUCCCCCCCGUGUGUUCUGUGACGCAUCAAAAGCGUAGCGAAAAUCUUCGACAAGAAUCACGCACCGAAAAAAAAAGAGAAGUAAUAAAUAGAGGCCCCCAACACCAUACAACGCGAACCGCCGUCCGGUGGGCGCGAAAUCCCCCUCCCUCCAGGCAUGAGCAGCGGCGAAUGAAAAUAAAUAAAAGUGCUAAUCUUUUCUGAUGAGCAAAAUUGGCCGGUGCUACUGCUACCACACCGCUGCUACUACCUAUUGCUGCGAUCGCGGGUUCGAAACGUCUUCGCCGUCGCUGCCGUGGUUCGUUUCCGGUCGCCGAUGGCCGACGGCGGCAAACCCGAGCCAGCAACCGUGAACCGGAGCAAAUUCCCAAUGACGCAGGUCGCAGGCAGCAGUACCGCCGCAGCGUCUACCGCGACGACGAGAGCGACGACGAUCGUGAUUGAUCGUAAAGUGGAAAAACGUAGAACAACAAGCAGCCGGAUCGCCGGAACGAUGAUGUGGUGGAGGAAGAUUGCCGUCAGUGUGGCGGUGCCCCCGACGGCCAGCCGAAGAAGGCAGUGUAGCAGUAGCAGAGGCAGCCACCGCCGCCGGCUACACCAGUGGUCCGUGCUGUCCGCUGCUCUGGUUCUGCUGUUGCUGCCUAGUUUCAGCGAUUGGAGCUUUGCCAAAGCAUCGACAAUUCACCGACACACGGCUGAUGAUAACGAUACGUCGCCGUCGGCCGGAGUACAGCAGGCGAAGGAUCAACAGCCACCGACCGGGAAGCAGCAUUCCAGCUCGACCGAGAACGGUGCAGGGGGUGGUGCUGGUGCGCUGGCACCAGCCUCCCUGCAGGCAGCAUCGCCGCAAACGAUGACACUGACGGCGGAUAAAAAUAAAACCAAACUACUGAAAUGUCACUGCGACAUUUGCAAGGACGAAAACUUUGUGUGCGAAACGGACGGCCUUUGCUUCACCUCGCUCACGCGUGAAGCGGACGGUUCACUGAAGUACUCCUACAGGUGUUUCGAUCUGAAGUACCAUUUGGGUCCGUUUACCUGGAACUGGUGCCGUAAUAAGACGGAAAACGGUACAAACGAUCACUACUGUUGCUACGGGCCAGAUUUGUGUAAUUUGUCGCUCAAACCCGCGACGCCCAUGGUGGAAGCCCAAAAAGAGGAAUCGUACGGUCUGCGAUGGAUAUUAUUAUUAACAAUAGUGGCGGUAAUGCUGCUCUUAGCACUGUUCGUUGGGGUGCUGAUGCUGGGCCGUCGCAAGCGCAACAGUGGCGCCCGGCAAAUCCUGCCGGAGGACUCGCUGUGCGGUGCAAGCUAUCCGAUCCUGAACGGGCACACCACCAUACAGGGGCUCAUUGAGAUGUCCACCUCGGGGUCCGGUUCUUCUGGACUACCUUUGCUUGUGCAGCGCUCGAUCGCACGUCAAAUACAGCUGGUGGACGUGAUCGGCAAGGGACGCUUCGGUGAGGUGUGGCGCGGCAGGUGGCGCGGCGAGAAUGUGGCGGUAAAGAUAUUCUCCAGCCGCGAGGAGUGCUCGUGGUCCCGGGAGGCCGAAAUCUAUCAAACGAUUAUGCUGCGUCACGAGAACAUUCUCGGCUUUAUUGCUGCUGAUAAUAAGGAUAACGGCACCUGGACGCAGCUCUGGCUGGUGACGGACUAUCACGAGAAUGGGUCGCUGUUCGAUUUUCUCACUGCCCGCUGCGUCGAUCCGGACACGAUGCUCGAGAUGGCGUUCUCGAUAGCGACCGGGCUGGCCCAUCUGCACAUGGACAUUGUCGGUACGCGCGGCAAGCCCGCGAUCGCUCACCGGGACCUCAAGUCGAAGAACAUACUGGUGAAGUCGAACCUGACGUGCUGCAUCGGCGACCUGGGGCUGGCGGUGCGUCACAUCGUCGCGACCGACACGGUCGACCAGCCGUCGACGCACCGCGUCGGCACCAAGCGCUACAUGGCCCCGGAGGUGCUGGAUGAGACGAUCAACGUGUCGCAGUUCGAUUCGUUCAAGCGGGCGGAUGUGUACGCGCUCGGGCUGGUGCUGUGGGAGAUUGCGCGGCGGUGUAACGUCGACGGGGUCUACGACGAGUAUCAGCUGCCUUUCUACGACGUGGUACAGCCCGAUCCUACCAUCGAGGAGAUGCGAAAGGUAGUCUGCGUGGACCAGCAUCGUCCCAGCAUACCGAGCCGCUGGAUUGCCUGCGACACGCUGCACGCAAUCUCGAAGGUGAUGAAGGAAUGCUGGUAUCAGCAUCCGGCCGCCCGGCUGUCAUCCCUCAGGAUCAAGAAAACGUUGGCGAAUCUGCGCUAAGCGUGUGCUGCCUGUGCACCAUUCUAUCGAUCUCCUGUACACCACAGAUGAUGACCGUCGGCGAUGGGAAGACAGGAAAAGCAGCGCGCACUGUUUUUAACGUACUAUUUAACAUUUAUACCGUACGCUCCCUCUCUCUCUCUGGCGUGCGGUAGAUAAGCAAAUGGGAAUCGAAAAACAGAAACGAAUUUGUGUGUAUGUGCGCUCGUGCGUGUAAAGCUUCAUCGCAACAGGUGAAGAUGGGAACUGAUAGCAGAGAGUGAAAACAGAGAGAGAGAGAGAAACAACAAACACACACACAGCUAAGCUAACUAUAAAAAACCCAUUUUAAUCGUAAGACCUUUUAGUUGGAUAAGGAUUGGAGAGGAAAAAGGGUAGCCGUGUGUGUGGUAUAUGUUUGAUAUAGUGCGUAAGAUGAGCAAAACAUAUAAAACGAUGGAAUGAGUGGGAUUUGCGUGUAUGAAAAAGGAUGAAACCCUGCGUGAACGUGAGAGUGUCAAGCGCGAGUACUGAGGAGGCAUAUUGCCCUAUUAUAUAUAAACACACAUACACUCCUAGCAGUGAAAGUACGCCAGAAGCGUACAUGGUGUGGCGUCACCAUGUUUGAGUUGUGUAAAGCAGUUUGGGUUCUAGCGUGAAGCAUUUCGGGACUUUUGUACAGGAAAGUACGUAUUCGGAGUGAACAGUUUCGUUUCCAUCAAACGCACUACCGGGCAGAGCACGGCGUUGAACAGACUAGAGCAAACAAAGACUAGAAACAUAUCCACUUUUCGGUUUUUACAAAGCAACAACCCGGUCAACCAUCAAAAUUGAAAGCAAAACAACACUGAAAUAGUCGCGAACGGGAGGGUAAACUCCUUGCAAAUAACAGUUAAAGUUUUGCACCACCUCCAGAACAACGUGAACGAACACACACACACAAACCACAGGAUAACAAGUUAACGAAUCAUAGUGCGUACAGUAACACGACAUACAGUGGAACACGCAGAAACAAAACGGCCAAUUAACUAGUGCAACCGCUACAAGGAAUAUUGAACAAAGCAAAAAUAACGAAGCAAAAAAAAACAACAAACUUCAAUACCUCCAGUUUUAUUUCGCAGCAGAUAUAGCUACAUCAGAAACGAGAACGAGACGAAAAACAGGAUACGGGCGAGACCGACUAGUGAUGAUGAUGAUGAUGAUUAUGUGUACAGUUCGAACAUGUAGAUCAUAACGUAUUGCUCUAACGGGCAGUAGGUAGUGUUUGUAGGUUUAGCAUUUUGUUUAGCAACGAUACAUUUACGUAAGAGGUAAGCCGCAUUCGAACGCAGUUUCCAGUGCAACCCCAAAAAGCUUACGAUGAAAGCUUCUCCGUUUGUGAUUUGUCUGUGUAUGUAUUGACUCUUUUUUUGUUCGACGUUUCGGUUUGGCUAAUGAUUUGUCGAAAGCGUACGCCAGCAUAUUGAACCCUGGAACCGGUGGAUGCACCGUGGUUGUUUGGACUGUUGUGUUUCCCAUUUGACACAGAUACCUGUUUGUACAGAACGUGUUUUGCCAUUCUGGCAAAGAAUUGAAGGAGAGAAAAAAGAGAAAGGAAAAAAGAAAGAACCCCAUUGACACGUGAAACGGAAACGGAAAGAUACAAAACUCUUACAAAAGUCUACAAAUCUAAACAAAACCGGAACAUUACCUGUAUCGAUUGCUUCCACAGAACAUACAUAAAUACAUAACUACAUAACAGACAACAAUACGAAAGAAAAGAAUGAGAGAUAGAGAGAAAAGUGUGCACAAUACAAAUAGAAGAAGAAAAAGACAAGUUAAAACCCCUAAUUAUGCAAUAUAUAUAGAAAACAUCCUUUAGGAAAGGUACUUUAGAUUACAAAAGAUGUAAAACAAAUGAUGCAAAUUAUAAAAAAAGCAAACAAACUGAAGUGUUAAAACACAAACACACACACAGGAAGAACACAUGUGAGAUGUGUAACAAACAAUGAAAUCUGCUCAGAUGCCCGAUAAGUUCAGCUACAGCCGUCGGCGCUCUUUUUCUGUGAGUGAGGCGGCUGUACAAAUAGAAACGUUCAUCUAGAAGAAAAAAACGCAACAUGAUACUGCCGUGCAUGAAAACGCAAACAUAAUAACCAAAAUCCAUAAGCACACUACACGACACACACACGUACGUAUGAGAUUAAAGAAGAAUGCUGCUGAUGGCGAACCCCGUAGGGGGCACACAAAUCUUGUCAAAGAUUGUCAGCGGUCGGUCAGUGCAUUCUUCCACCCUCCCCGCAUUCCGUUCAGGUGAUUCAGUUCAAACUAUAAAAUAGAUAAGUAUGUAGGGUAAUCCUCGUGCUCAGACUGUGCGGUAGUAACAGGACGAUCGAACGCUCCGCUUUUUUCCCCCAAAAGAAGUAACCUCAAAUGCCCCUGACACUACUUAAUACGACUACGGACGGCUGCAUUGAGUGUGAGGCAGGGCGGCGAAAGCCGAAAGCGAAAUGGGUAGAACAUGAACAAUCAAACCGUUUGCCAAACAUUCUUCCAGAACAACAACGUGAACCCUCCCGAUCCACAAACACACACACAACCACACAAUCCACAAUCAACAAUCAACUCCUGCCACAACCCUAAUCAGAGGUAGUUAGGACUCGGGCGGCGGGAGUGGUUUGAGUGUGAUUUUAUUUUCCUGUUUAACGCUACACAACAGCUACUGAUAAUGGCGCUGAAGAGAGAAACACUAAUAGAAGUAAGAUGUGUCCCGGUAGUAAGAACAAAACAAAAGAAUACAACAAACAGUUUCAGUUGGAUGUACAUUUAAACGAGACAGCGAGUGAAAGAGAUCUGUCGAAUAGUCGGGGAUGGUUGAACAGAUUUUCGAAACGCAGAUUUAAAACAGUCAGAGAAGGGCGUAGGAAGGACACAGUUAAAGAUUAUGACGAGGAGCACUACUGUUAACGUAAGAGAAGAGGACAGCGAUCGUUAGUGGGUGGUAGAAGCGAAUGGGGGUAAUAAUUGUUCCUUUCAAGGCACAGUAAAGCCAAUCUACACAAACACACACACAGCUACUCGUAUGAUUCCAUUAACUAAGAGGUUUAAUUUGACCGGUUUACUACAUGUUUACUAGUUGCACACCAACCUUACCCAACCCGACACACAUAGCACAAGUAAUUCCCUAUUGUAAGGGAGAAAAGGUUUAUUGUUAGUAGUUGGAGUAGCUUUUUAUGUUUUCUACCAUCUACUCACACACAUACUUUACACCAAAUAUGUUCGAUAAUAGCUCGCGCUAAUCUCUGUAACAAAGCUUCAUGUCGUCCUGUCGGUAGUGCACACGAAUCUUGGUCAGCCCGCUGCAUGUUUGAAGCUACCUCCAGGCGUACGAAACAAAGGCGUACACUUAAAAAGGCUAAAUUGUUUAGAAUGAUCUUAUUGGUUUGUUCAAUACAAAGAUAGUUUGGUUUUGUUGGUUUUUUUUUAUAAUUUUCUUCUAUUUUCUUGCUCUUUUAGAUCAUAUUCUACACGUUUGAUGAGCCAUUAUGGGUUACUUACUGGUUUUAACGUAUUUAUUCGAAAUUUCUUAUCAUUAUCCUUAUUCUUUCUGUUACUUUUCCAUGUUUGACCUGCGUUGAUUUGCGUUGAGUGAAGCCUUACACCGAUCGGUACAAAGCUGUAGUUCAAAUAGAUGUUGGUGUGUGAUAGCAAUAUUCAACUGUUGAACAACUAGACGAUUGAACAAACAAAAAACAAGAAGCGAAGAAGAAGAAGAAUGCGUGUGUUUUGUGAGUGUGCAGAUGCUGACCAGGAUAUUAGCUACGGCACGGCACGGUCACGACAUACAAAUGCUCCUGUACAGUGAGUGCGCUGCCCGUUACAAACUCCCAAAAAGUUACACAUUCUAUACCGCGGAUACACCUACACAACCAACCUCCAACAGCUUACCAAAACAAACACAAACAGACCAAAACCUGCAAUAGUAUUAGGUGUGAUGCACACCGUCCUAUAUACCAAUAGAGCAACCAGAGCAACUUCCAACACAAUAUUACCAUAUUAACUCUACAAUACCACACCAUUUUACCACACUCAUACAAACGCCAUAGCCAAACACACACACACAUACAUUCAAUACAAUAGAAGCAAUAGUUGAAACGUUUAUUUUGUAUUCUGAUUUCUUUUUGUACCAAGCAAAAGUGUGAUCAAUAUUUCAAUUUGUUUUUUUCAUUUCCUAUGCAUUAUUCUACUGUAGCUACUUCUCUGUGCGUACUAAACAAUAGCUGGGGAAGGAUUGUAGUACGUUAUAAGUUUUUGUAACUUUAUUUGAUAGCUUUUAAUUAUCAUCAUACUUUAAUUCCAUUAAAAGGUUUAUUUGCUUCUUGUACAAUUGCGUUAACGUAAAGAAGAAAAGAAACACUAAACUCGUUCAAUAGCAAUAGUAAACGUCCUUGUCCAUAGAAAAGAAAAACAACGCCCUUACUGAGCACGUUUGUCUUGUAACAUUUACAAGAAUUCAAAUGUAUAUUGUGAAGUACCUUUUCUUCUUCUUCUUACCCCUUAUUGUGAAUGCCACUCUUCAGUAAUGCUCUUUGUACACUGCUAUAAUCUGUUCUGUUACAAAUGAGAAUGAGCAAAUGCAACAAUGAUGAUGAAAGAUGAAAAUGGAGAAAAAGAGCGCAACACAUAACAGACCUGAUGUUCAUUAAAUGUUCUAAAACCGAGUGGUUCGUGUAUUAAACAAAAGAAAACGUGAAUGAAACGAGUGAAGCUGAUUGAAGACAGCAAAAAAACAGAAUAAAAAUGAAUUUUCAUAUUGGAUAUAAAAGAAAUAAAAGAUAGAGAGAGAAACAGAAAGAGAAGAAAACAAAGCAGUUGGCAGGAAUUGAGUUUGGAAGUUGGAAAACAAGAUGAAACAAACAAAUAAAAGCAGAAGUAAAAAUACAACUAAAGAAAAGAAGAAACAAAAUCAACUCAUACACAAUUUAUGGUAAAACAAAUAGACAGUUGACCUCGGGGGGGGUUUUCCCAUUUCCCCUCCGUAUCCCUUUCUCCCCCAGAGCAUCUAAACCAGUGUUAUAAAGCAAAAGAGAGUAAAGUCUACAAACAGAAGAUUUAACUUAAACAUAAACAGGAGCAAACCACACCAGAAAAGAGUGGGAGGAAAAAGCAGAAAAGAAAAAUAGUAAAGUCAAACAAGGGAGAAAGAGAAACGGCAGUGGAGGAAACAAAUGAACUGGGGAAACAGUAUAACAAACAAAGUUGUUCAAAGAGAGAAGAAAAGAAAGCAUGUAAUGAAAAGUAAUGUUAAAAGAGAAGAAAGGAAAGUAAAAAAAAAACACACACACACACUAAACUAUUUAACACAUCGUUGCAGAGAGGGAGAGAGAGAGAGAGAGAGAGAUGCAAAGAGGUUAAAUACUAUUUGCUAAAAACAUAGAAGUUGCUAAGUAAGAAGCAAAGAAAAGAAAGAGAAAAGCUGUUGAAAAGAGAGAGAGAGAGAGAGUGAGGGGUUAUAGAGCGAUGAAAGCUUCUCGUCAGUGUUUAACGUUUACUAAUCACACACUACCUACGACCUACGACCUUUGAAUGUUUCCAAACACGAUUAGAAUGAUGAGUGAGACGACGUUUUGGAACUCGGCAACGGAACGGAACGAUGGAAUGAUCCUGUUUGCUCAAAUGUGUGUAUGUGUAUGUUCGCCACACUGCUGUGUAAGGAAAGAGGAGUAAGAGAGAGAGAGAAAGGAAGAGAAAAUCACGUGCGCAUUUCCCACAACGUGUGCGGUCUAAUUUCCAGUGAGAUUAAAGUCCAAAAAAACUUAAGUUGUUCCUCCUGCACCUCCAGCAAUAGGAAGCGCAGUGUAAAGUAAAGUAGAGCCUAAUAAUCCAGCACACACCAGUAAAUACCUCGAAUAUCAAGUGUACGGUGGUUCCCGUUUUCUUUGGUUUUUGGUUUGCUUUUUGUUUCCCACUUGACCGUCGUGUCCCCAGUUAAUAAUAGUAUACUUGAAGUCAUUUUAAGUCCCUCCUCCUUCCCCUCGCUCCCCAGCAAACAAGGACACAGUACCUAUCUCGCCCGUGUGUGCCAUCGCGUGUAUGCGUGUGUGUUAAUACACACUGUAAUAAUAAUACUGCAAAAAAACAAAAGGCCCCGCAAAUGUAACGUAAUUGAGAGAAAGAGAGAGAGAGAAAUGGGAAGGCGCGAGCGUGUAUGAGUUGGGAUCGACACGAUCGUUACGUUCCCUCGAUCGUGUUUUUUUUUGGGUUUAAAAUACGAUUGCGAUAGUGUUUCUUAGUGUUAGUAGUACAGAGAUAGCAGCACUAUAAAGCGUGGAUACGUCACACAUGUAUAAGCAGAGAAAAGGGUUUUUGGGGUUGAACACACCCACCUGACCACAUCCACACAGACACAAAUCCUUAUUCGAUGUUGGGGUAUGAGUUGUUGUCUCCAAAUUGGGUUUAAAUUUAUGGAUAUACAACCAAAACAGAUCCACACACACACCCUGUAGAGGGAGGUAGCGAUCGUGUAGUACACGUUAGGCUUCUACAAGUAUAAUAAAUUACAUGAACGUCGAUUAUAAUUUUCUACCUCAUUUAUUUGAUAAUUAAAAUACGUUCACAAAUGACCCCGUUGGGCGAUAUGUAAGCGAAGGGGCGCGCACGAUGGGUUUAAGUUUUUGUUGGUUUUUUUUCUUAUUACCAAAAACCAAACAAUACAUCCACAUACCUUUACUCAUCUCUCACACACACACACACACCAUUAUACAUAGGCUCAUAUCAUUCAUAUAUUGUGCGGUAGGCUGAUUAAGUUAGUAAUUAUUUUAAAUUAAAAAUUAAACAAGCGAUUGCUUUAAAUUUUCCUUGUAAAAACUGACAGCCAGUGUGUCAAAGAAAGAAGAGACAACAUGAAUCAAAAUUGAUGGAUUUGGCUAUGAAGUAAUGAAAAAAAGGUGUAACAAAAACGCGUACAAAGUACGGAAGAAGGAAGUAACAUUGAAGAGCAAAUUUCCAACAAAAAAAAAAAAACGAAAAACACUUGCUUAAGAAAAGCAUAAAACAAAGUGAUGAAAUCAGCAAGCGAACAGCAAACAAAAAUGAAUAAAUUAAAACAAAUCGGCACUGAAUGUGAACAGGAAAGAUUGAAAUUGCAACAACAAGAAAAGUAAUAAAACACCGAACUAAAGCUAAGCUUUGGUGAAAAAAUGAACUGGUUUUGGACUGCAAAAAGUAGUAGCUGCAAGCGAAAUUAGCGUAGAAGGGAAGAGAGAAAAAGAGUGAAACAGUUUGGCUAAAAGUAUGAAAACUGGAAAACUAUAAAUCUGAUAAAUUGCUUUGUUUUGAUUGCUCUUACUCUUGAUUGUUGUAUGAGAACAAUACGAUGUAAACGAAUAAUCAUAUUGAAUUAUGUUUCUUGGUUUUUGACAAGCGAUACCCCGGCUACUACGAUGAGUGGUGGAGGAGGAGAAGAUUGUUUUCUUGUAUGUUUGCUGCACAGAAGCAUCAUUCAUCUGCGCUGCUUAUUAUUAUCAUUAUUAUUAUAGCACUAUCAUUAACGCUUUAAAAACAACAUUAUGAUUAUGAAAAUCAUCAUUAUUAAAACUAUUACGAGGAACGAGACACAUAAUUAUUGCAUUACACUCGUACACUCGAACAGUUUUUAUUGUGAAAAAUUGCCCCUCAACUCACUAAACACACAUACACAUACACAUAUUAUUCAUGAUUCAUGAUUAUUCUAAUUAUUGUAAUCCUAUAUUAAGGUGUGCGCGAGUGUAUGCGGCGUGUGAAUGAGAAAUAUGUGCGAAACAACAAACAAACAAACAAAAAACAAACAAAGGCGAACAUUAUUCUCCAUGCUAAUGUGUUAAGAAUAAUUAAGAAAACAGAAAACACGUGCUAAAAGAAACGUGUAUUUUGAAGGAAUAAUACGGGGAAAUGAAAGAGAGAGAGAGAAAAAUAAAGAGAAGAGAAUAAAACCUACAGAUUAAUACAAAACCGAACUGUAAUGCUAAAGGUAAAGCAAAACAAAAAAAGAAAAACUAACCCAUAAAACAUAAUUGCAGAACGUUGAAAUACAAUUGGUGAAGAAAGAAAAGAAAAACCGAUUGAGUUUGCAAAACUGAUGCAACUAUGUAUGUGUACCGGAUGACUAUUUAGUAUUGUUUAUUUGUUCCUCUAUCCCCUUCCCUCCCUCCCAUCUUCCCUUUAAUCCUUUUCCUCUUCUCACCGAAAAAAAAACACACACACACAUAACAAAUAAAAUAAGUAAAAUCCUUACAGUAAAGCAGGAGGAAAAGCAUGUAAAGAAUAAGUAAUAGUUAAGCAGCACAUUUAGAACUAGACGGCAGGGUGGAUGGACGAUCGGACGGUAGAUGAGAGAAAAGAGAUAAAUAUUAACAUUAACAAAAAACAAAAAAAAACUAGCAAGUAAGAAAUUAAAGUAAACACAACCACAUACACACACAUAAGUUAAUGAAACACAGAAAUGGGAUAGGAAACGAAACAAACAUUCAAGCUAAACAUAACAAAGAAGAAACAGAUAAACAGAUACAAAAAAGAGAGAGAUAGAGUAAGCCAACAAGGAAAAAGAUAACAAACACACAGCAGUAAAAAAGAUGCAAACACAAAAAUACACUAUACAAAGCACACAAUGCAUACAUACAUACACAGAACAAACCCCCGAGAUUUAAAAAUAACGAAAGAGGAUGCAACAAGAAAAGUAGAAGCAGAAAGUAAAAACAACAACAGAAAAAGAAGAAGAAAACAAACAAAAAAACACAAACACACACACAAGAAUGAAAAGAGAGAAAAACAAAAAACAAAAAACCGUGAUCGAUUAUUGUCUUUUUUGUAACAAAAAAUGAUUAAAAAAAUGUGGAACAACCAA